GAACAGGCAAGUCUACAGCCUCGAUGCUUGGAAUGGACCUGGAGGCUUGCAACAAACCGCAGCCUGCCUGAUGCUGUCAGACUAUUCUGAAAACUGGAAUUCUUAUUUCUGAACAAUUGUUCUCACCCUUAUGAAUCAGUGUCAUCUGUCACCUUCUCCACUUGGCCUUCCUUCACUUGGUAAAGUCCCCUCAAUCCCACCAUCACAUUCUGGUCAUUUUCCAACUCUGGGCCUCUGGGAGAAACCUUGCUGUGUCUUUAUCCUGAAGGCCUCAGUCUUUCCUGCCUGCAUCCUACUUUGUUCUGUUUUUACCCAGAAGUCUGGAUUAACAGCAGACUUGUCUAAGUCUUGAGGUCCGGGGUACCCGACUGCGAGAGCCUGCCGGCAGUGCCUGCCCUAGCCGCGGGACUGCUGGUAUGUUUGUGUCCCCGUUUGUUUGUGACCCAGCUGCAGAGGAAACCACUGGCCAGGGCAACGAGAAGGAAGGAGCCUCCCUCUUCGCCCUCAGCCCCCUCCCCACUUCCCGUCCAGCGCGCGGCUCCCUCCCAGGCGGACGCCGUUUGACUACGGGCCAGGGGCUGGAGGCGGCCAAGGCAGAACCGGAGGAAUUGGCGGCAGGGCGCAUGUUGCGCCGGGGUCCCCAGGGCGCCCCGGCGGGCAGCGGCGGCGGGGACCACGGGGCAGACAACCGGGAUUGCUCACUGCCUGCAGCAUCUUUUCGGAGGCGGCGGCUGGCACGGAGGCCAGGCUACAUGAGAAGCACAGCUGGGCCUGGGAUCGAGUUUCUCUCUCCGGCAGUGGGCUCGCAGUACUGUGUCCUGGGAGGGGAAGGCAACCAGGGGUUCCACAAUUUAGAGUCCAGUGCUGAAACCUGUGGCCACUGGCAAGGCCCUAAGGUAGGAACUUCUGUACCCAAGAGCACAGAAGAUCCUCCUGUGAUAUCCUGUUUAGGCUUGACUCGGAUCUCUGUGAGAGGAUCCUCACCAUGCUCAGAAAUUCAGCUCCAAGCUGGCACCAGACUGCCCGACAGGCUAACUGGGCCAUGUGGCCCUGCAGACACUGGAUGUUGGCAAGAAUUUUCAUCCAUGGACUGUACUGAGACCCUAGGCCCUAGCCAGGAUGCAGCCUGUGGGAAAGGUACAAGGGAACCCCAGGCUGCGAGCUCUUUGACACCAUCAGCAGUGAGCAGGAAUAGCUGCAGCCUGCGAAACAACCUGCAAGCUCCUGCAGCCCCUCCUGGUCCUCAGGAUGUCUUUGCCUCCAGCUUUAGUUUCAUUCGGCAAUCUCUUGGCUCUGCUGGGGAACGUGGAGAAGCAGAGGGCUGUCUGCCAUUCAGAGAGCCUGAGUCCUCUCAUCAAAGCCCCCAGGAGAUGGAAACCAAAGCCUCCAGCUUGGACACACCUCAUGAGUACUCUCCAUGUCUCUCUCAGCCCUUCGACCUUCCAGUUCCUGGGGGCUCUGCAGUCCAGGCAGUAGAGAGCAGCUCUCGCCCAGAACAUGUGAUAUUUUCUUCAAUGGACAAAGACCAUGAUUGCUCGUGUUUGCCAGCUUCCUUGAUGGCUGACUGUCAUGGUGAAGGACACAGUGGCUCAGUGAAUGCCCUCCAGUGGACUGCACUGCUCAGCAAAUGGGAACCUGCUUUGCAAGACUGCUUGUCAAGCAAUCAGAGGAAGCUGGAGGUGACACUGUUAAGAUUAAAGCUUCAGAAACUUCAAGACAAAGCAGUUCAGGAUGAUGAUUAUGAUAAAGCUGAGAUACUGCAAAGAAGACUGGAAGAUCUGGAGCAGGAGAACAGCUGCCUGCGCUUCCAGCUCCCUUCCAGGCAGCUGGCUCUGAGCAGCUUCCUGAAGCACCUGGCGACGCAGGCCCAGGUUGCCUGGCGCCAAGCCAUCCAACAGGCCGGCAGUGGUGAUGACACCCAGGCCAUGUGCGGAGCAGAGCCGAGUCAGCUGGAACCCAAGGCUCGGGAAAACCUGUGCCUAUCCCUCACCAGGCGGGACUGGCUUCUGCAGGAAAAACAGCAGCUCCAGAAGGAAAUUGAAGCUCUUCAAGCCAGGAUGUCUGUGCUGGAAGCCAAAGAUCAACAGCUGCAACAGGAAAUAGCUGAGCAGGAGCAGCAACUCCAGUGGCAGGGCUGUGAUCUGACUGCUCUGAUGCGGCACCUCUCGCCCAGCCAGCUGCAGGACAUCGGCAUGGCCUUGCAGGAUACCCUGGCUUCAGCCAGGCAGGUCCCUUUCUGUGUGGAGCCUCCUGAAACCAUAAAGAGCCUCCAGGAAAGGAUAAAAUCUCUCAACUUGUCACUUAAGGAAAUCACUGCUAAGGUGUGUAUGAGUGAGAGACUCUGCAGCACUCUGAGGCGGAAAAUGAGUGAUAUUGAAAUCCAGCUGCCAGCCUUGCUUGAAGCCAAAAUGCUUGCUAUAUCAGGAAACCACUUCUGUACAGCUAAGGAGCUCAUGGAGGAGAUUCAGUCAUUAGCCAUGGAGAGACAAGUGCUGGAGGGAGUCCUCAACAAGCUGUUGAUGCUGAGUUCCAGGAAUGUCCAAACACUGGGAAGUGUUAAGGAGGAUUAUACCAGAUUGAAGAGAGACCUACAGCACCGGGAAGCUGCUUAUGAAGUAAGUGUGAAGGAAAAUAUUGUGAAAUACAUGGAAAUCCUUGAGGAUAAACUAAGUAGUUGCAUGUGUCCACUGCUGGGAAAAGUGUGGGAAGCUGACUUGGAAGCUUGUCGAAUGCUUCUCCAGAGUCUGCAGCUCCAGGAAGCCAGGGGCAGCCUGCCUCUGGAGAAUGAGGGGCAGAUGGAUGACUUAGAAGAAGCUACCUCAACAGUUGCUGCCGCCAUCCCUCCCAGUUCUUGUUCUGAAGAGGAGAAGAAGAUCCCUUUGCAGGCUCUUCAAGAGUGGAAGACUCAGUCCCCCUAUCCCCACUGCAAAGGAGGUGAACAGAAAGAGGAAUGUUAUAUUCUUUCUGCAGAACUUGAACAGAAGUGUGAAGCCAUAAGCAAGAAGUUACUGUACUUGGAAGAUGAACUUCAUACUGCAAUCUACAGCCAUGAUGAAGGUCUUAUCCAAUCUCUCAAGAUGCAGCUCCAGAUGGUUAAGGAUACUCUGCAGGCCAUGAUCCUACAGCUCCAGCCAGCAAAGGAGACCAGAGAAAGAGAGGCCACAGCUUCCUGCAUGAUGACAGCUGGUGUCUGAAGCACAGGACUGAGGCAAGCGGCUAUGGAAGCAGGGAAUUACCACAGCAUCAGUGCAAACUCAGGGGCUGCCACCUCUGCCCCCGCAUAACGGAUGUGUCUGAAUCAGUUAUGGAGAUGCGGAGUCCUGAGAGCUCCUAGCAGUCAGGGCGGCUCUGCUUGUUCUCAGCGCUGAGAUCAGGGAGUCUGCAGAAUGGCCUGAGACGAGAGGGAACACUGAGUUUCCUUUCCCAUGGGAGUCCUGCAUUGGAUUCAAAAAAUUUUCCGUCUUAGCUCCCAGAAAAAGUAGGUUGGCAUGGAUUCUGUUGGGGAAGCACCUCUUUGGUCUGUAUCAUUUGCUUUCUGCUGCAAGUAAAACAUUUCCUGAUUCAUGAACCUGUAAA